UGCACAUUUCUGGCACGCUGCUAUUUUGCCAGGGUUCAGAGUUUUGACACAUUUCUGUGUUGUUGGUGUGUGUAUUAUUUACAGUAUAUAUUUAUUUAUAGAAUAGUUUUCUUUCUGUUACGCAUUACUUUACAGCGCGUGUCACCAUUAACUCCAAAAACGAACCGGACCUUUUCGCGCGAGUUUCUCGGGUGCUCCAAACCAAGCGAGUGAUCGGUGCUGUCGUGGGCAUCGUCAUGGUCGUGGCGCUGAUCGUCGCGAUCCCGCUUCUGCUCAAGACCUCUGUGAUUUCAGCACACUAUGAGAUGAUGGGCACCUGCCGGAUGAUCUGUGAUCCAUACAACGCCAAACCGAGCGCCACCGCGCUGGAGGUGAUGCAGGACCUUAGCGUCAUACCACCAGCUUUUGCUCAAGGGACUAGAGGCGAACCUGGGCGGCCGGGCAAACCUGGGCCGAGGGGUCCACCUGGGGAACCUGGCCCACCUGGUCCCAGGGGACCGCCUGGAGACUCCGGGAGACCUGGAUUUACCGGAAGCACAACGGGGACGGCGCGGACCGAGACGGGAGACGUUGCCGCAGCAUUAGGGAACGUCAAGAUUGCGUUUUAUGUCGGUCUUAAAAACCCUCACGAGGGCUACGAGGUGCUCCGGUUUGACGAUGUAGUGACAAAUGUAGGAAGUCACUACGACCCCACCACCGGGAAGUUCACGUGCCAAGUGUCCGGGAUUUACUACUUUACCUAUCAUGUGCUGAUGCGCGGAGGGGACGGCACGAGCAUGUGGGCAGACCUCUGCAAAAACGGACAGGUGCGCGCGAGCGCAAUCGCGCAGGACGCAGAUCAGAACUACGAUUACGCGAGUAACAGCGUCGUCCUGCAUCUGGACUCUGGCGAUGAGAUAUAUGUCAAACUGGACGGAGGAAAAGCGCACGGAGGAAACAACAACAAAUACAGCACUUUCUCCGGCUUCAUUCUCUAUCCAGACUGACCUCAGAAAUGCUCCAAUGACUUGAUUUUCCGGGACUUUAUUGUCGUUGCUGUCUGUACUAGGUUGGGAGUAUAAGAAUUAUCUGUACUCUGCGCCUUUGUGACAAAUUAUCCCUUUCUUUUUAAAGACUUGCAUCAGGAUAUCAGACGUAAACAUUAUUAGCCAUUAUUUAUUGUUUUAGCUGUGUUUGCACAAAUUAAAUAAUUUUCUUGUCAUUAUAUGCUAUAUGCUGUUCUGAAGUCGUUUCAUAUAUAAGUAGGGAUAUUAUUACUUUGGUCUGUCACUGGGGUCAUUAAGUUAUGUGAACAAAAUAUAUUUUUAAACAUUUGAGCACCUUGGAUAAAUCCCUGCACUGUUUAAGCUUGUUUAAAUGUUAUUUUCAUAAAUACAGUGGUCAUAUAUACUGUCAAAACUCUUUGUUUUAAACAUAUGGGUUAAAUGAAGAGAAUAAUAAUGUGUUUUCAUUUUCUAAUCCAAUAACAAGUGUGUGUGUAUUUUAAUGAAGUGUUGUCACUCAGCAUGGGACUUCACUUUUGACCUUAUUCAGGUUCUUCUGAGACAUCCAGCAGCACCAAUACAGAUAAUAGACUGUGCAUACCAAACAUCACAAGCACCACCAGAGAGAAUUUAUAAACAGAAAAUGAUGUUUUAGAGCAAUCGUCUAUAUGAAGUGUUA